AGAAGGUCAUUAUCGGCAGGAAGCAGGCCUCAGCUUGUGUGGGAGGACAGCGUUAUUCCAGCAGCUGGGACCACUGGGAAGGGAGAGAGGGAUGUCUGUGGGACUGGACCGCUGGAGCCCUAAAGCUAUGGAGCAGGUAAACCAGGCAGCAGACGUGCCCACCAGCAGGAAGGAGAGGAGCUAUAGGCAUGGACCGCUGCCAUAGCAGAUAACUCUGCUGUCAUUUCAUCACUUAUUGUCAUUGUAAUUAAUGAUCUUUUCUGGUCACAUCAAACAUUCCACACGACUUCUCCAUCAGUCUGCUGACUUUUACAAUUUCUGUUUCACAGCUUUUAAAUCUGGGUAAAGAUCUGACCAAUAUUAAGGCUAAAGAUACAUAUGUGAGGGGCGAUGAGCAGAUCAUAGAGGACAUUCCCACCGAUAACCACCCAGCCUUUCACAGCAAAGAUCUAUCAUCUGAUCCUUUGGAUGGAUUUCAAUCAUCUGAUUCAUCACAGACUGUUAAGCAAAAUAAAAGCCACAGAAGAAGUGUUCAUCAUCAAAGAAGUCAUACAAUGGAGAAUGCUCUUUCAUGCUCAGAAUGUGGGAAAUGUUAUAAAUCUAAAUCACAUCUUGUUAGACAUCAGAGAAUUCACACAGGGGAGAAGCCAUUUUCAUGUUCAGAAUGUGGUAAAUGUUGUAAAUCUAAAUGGGAACUUACUAGACAUGAGAGAACUCACACAGGGGAGAAGCCAUUUUCAUGUUCAGAAUGUGGGAAAUCUUGUAUAUCUAAAUCAGAUCUCAUUAGUCAUGAGAGAACUCACACAGGGGAGAAGCCAUUUUCAUGUUCAGAAUGUGAUUUUAUUUUUAACCGUAAAUCACAUCUUGUUAGACAUCAGAGAAUUCACACAGGGGAGAAGCCAUUUUCAUGUUCAGAAUGUGCGAAAUGUUUUCAGCGUAAAUCACUUCUUCUUAUCCAUCAGAGAAUUCACACAGGGGCAAAGCCAUUUUCCUGUUUAGAAUGUGGGAAAUGUUUUACUGAUAAAUCACAUCUACUUAAUCAUCAGAGAAUUCACACAGGGGUGAAGCCAUUUUCUUGUUUAGAAUGUGGGAAAUGUUUUACUGAUAAAUCUACUCUUGUUAAACAUCAGAUAAGUCACACAGGGGAGAAGCCAUUUUCUUGUUUAGAAUGUGGGAAAUAUUUUACUCGUAAAUCAACUCUUGUAAAACAUCUGAGAAUUCACACUGGGGAGAAGCCAUUUUCUUGUUUAGAAUGUGGGAAAUGUUUUACUCGUAAAUCAAUUCUUGUUAUACAUCAGAGAACUCACACAGGGGAGAAGCCAUUUUCAUGUUCAGAAUGUGGGAAAUGUUUUCAACAUAAAUCACUUCUUCUUAUCCAUCAGAGAAUUCACACAGGGGCGAAGCCAUUUUCCUGUUUAGAAUGUGGGAAAUGUUUUACUGAUCAAUCAAAUCUAGUUGCACAUCAGAGAAUUCACACAGGGGAGAAGCCAUUUACUUGUUUAGAAUGUGGGAAAUCUUUUCCACAAAAAUCACGUCUUACUAUACAUCAGAGAAUUCACACAGGGGCGAAGCCAUUUUCCUGUUUAGAAUGUGGGAAAUGUUUUACUGAUCAAUCAAAUCUAGUUUCACAUCAGAGAAUUCACAGAGAGUAAA